GCCUAAAAGGGCGGGAAGGGGCGCUGAGGGUUCAGCUCUGUGAGGAGAAAAGGCGGGAAAGUGAUCCCGGCCUUUAAUUAAUGCAAUUAAAUAAGGAGGAAUAUGGCCGACACCUCCAAAAAGCUGGAAUAAAACUCCUCAAGUAACCUGUGCCCUCCGAAAAGCCUGGUGUUAUAAGGCUGUCCUUAGUGAGAACCGGCUCCUUAAGGCUGGAAGUGCUUGUGCUGGAGGCCUUUAUGCUGGGCCUAUAGUAAUUCAAAUAUAGAUUUGGGUUUAUAAUGAUGUCUGCCCAGGUUUACAUUAAUAAACAUUAAAGCACACAAACAUUAAAGCACACAAACACAGCUGUGCCCCACAGCCAGGCCCACACUGAACCUGAGGUUCCUGAAGUGGUGAAUCUGACAGAAAUUCGACAGAACGCGUUGAAAACUGUGUCUCCAUUAAGCAGUUCUCUAAACAAGAGGAGUCCCAGCAGCAGAUGGAGGCUAAGCGUAUGAGACCAGCAGAACAAUGACAUCCACUGCAAGGCCCAGCUGUACCUCCAUCCCAAACCAGAAGCACAAGGGAAGUAACCAGCACUCCAGACAGAGCUACAACACUCUGGAUGCAGAUUCCCAGUCUCUGUCUACGCUCGGAUACUUUAAAACACUGCCACUGGAGAUCUUUCAGAUGCUGCUGAGCUACCUUUCAGUGAAGGACAUCAGUGUGCUGAGCAUGGUGUCAAAAGCCAUCAGCAACCGCCUUAUUAAUUACAUCUCAACCCCAUCAGGAAACCGAAGGCUCUUACUGCAAGACUUUCAUAACAUCAAGCUGCCUGGCAAGAGGGAAGGAUCCUGUAUAAUAGAGCACUACAGAUCUCUAGGAUUGUUGCUUAAGAGGUGCACGCUUCUGCUACCUACCAAAGACAGGCUGAAGUACAUACACAAGGUUCUCUCUGAAGUUUCCUGCUUUAAACUCAAUGGCUGCCCGAGUCCUUUGCACUGUGUAGGACUACAAUGCUAUGGGGUAUUUUUGCAGAUCCUAAUAGCAGGCUGGGAUGAGUUGGAGUGUCACCGAGUCUUCAACUUCCUCUGUGAGCUGAGCAAUUUACCCCGGAAAGUACAGGCAGUCGUCAGCUGCAAGCCAGGAAGUGCCAGAAAGCUCGAGCUGAGGAUCAGGCUGUUCUGCAGGAGCGUCCUGUUGAACCAUUGGGUCCAUCGCAGUGACUCUGCGUUUUGGUUGACUCGGAUUUUAAAGCCGUGGCCGAUGGUCAACCAAGCUCGCCUGCUGUACAUCAUCUUUGGGCCAGUGUCCCCUCUUGAUGGACACGUGGUUUGGCAGAAAAUGAUAGAAGGACCAACAGAUGAGACCAGCCUGAAAGGUUUAGCAGAUGCCAUUAAGCUCCUGUACGACGCAGAAGCGAGAGAGUGGACAGCAGACGAUGUUAUCAGCCUGGUGGAUGAGCUGUCAGUCAUUCCCCGGGAGUGGCUGCUGGAGAACAACGCUCGGCUUCUCAUCCUGAGUGGGAACAACAUUUGCUUCACCUUCAUGGCCAGCAAAGCUGUGAAUGGAAGAACUGUGGAGUUAGCCAGGCUCGUGGUCUUCCUGGCCUUGGUCUGCGAGAAGGACCUGUACUGCAUGGACUGGGCAGUCAAAAUGAUGCAGAAGGUCUGCAAGGUUUUCAGCACCCCAGGAGAGAGAAACAUCUUCCUGCAGAGCGUGGAGAACUCCUUUGCUCACAUGGUCAUGGACAUGCUGCAGGCAGUGCUGGCCGGGAAUCGGGACCAAGAGGACAUCAGCUUUCUCAACCUGUUCCACCUGGUCAAUGCACAAGCAAACUUCCACAAGGAAAUCCUUUACCUGACCAUGAGAAGCAGCACCAACACCAUUUGAUGCUGUGGAGCUCAUAGACUUCAUGCUCUGCUCCUCUGGAGCAGCACUGAGGAUGCGGGUCGAGGCCCUUUUGCAUUGGGAACAUAAACCACAUUCUUUUCCCACUGUGUAUGUUUGCACACGCCAUAAAAAUGGCCCGGUUUUCACUUCUGAUGCACACCCAGAAAGCAAAGGAUGUUAUCUUUAAGUCAGAACCGAAAACAUUUUGAUCUUUUAGUCUUGUUUUCUCUUGGGAAUCCGGGGAGAAACAGAAAGGCCGAGAGAAGCACAGCCAUAUCCCUACAGCCUGCAAUGAGCACCUCCUGCAUUGUCCUUCCCCUGCCUACGUGGUAUCAAAACCAUUAAGGUACGUAUGAGCAGAACUAAGUUAAGGACACGUUAAGCUCACAUAGGCUAAGAUGGCCAUUUCCUUUCAAUAUAAACGUUGGCUGCUUCCAAAACCCUUUGAUUUCUUGCUCUAUUGCCUUCAAACUAACACAUGUCACACGAAAUAAAGAGCACUUACUUUGCUUUUC